AUGCUCCAUCCGCGCCCGCGUUUGCCCUGCGCGUUCUCGCGUCUGAGCGGCUACGUGCAGGACACAAUCGUCCCAACGUUUCACUUCCAGAAGAGUCUGCCCCGUCUGCCGAUCCCCAAGCUCGAGGACUCGCUCGCCCGCUACCUCGCGGCCCUUGAGCCGGUCGUGACCCGACCGCAACUCGCCGAGACGGAGCGCGCCGUGCGCGCAUUUAUGCGCGGCGUGGGACCCGAUCUACAGCGCGCCUUGAUUGCGCGUGACGUGUCGCACCCGCACACGUCGUAUAUUAACCAAUGGUGGCUCGACAUGUACUUGACCGACCGCCAGCCGUUGCCGGGCAACUUCAACCCGCAAGUGAAGUUGAAGAUGGACCCUGUGGAAGCUAAAAAUAGCCAAAGUCAACGCGCAACGUCGUUGAUUGCGUCAUCGGUUCGGGUGUACCGUACCUUGCGCGACGGGCACUUGAAGCCGGACGUUUUCCACACCAAUUCGAUCGUGACUACCACAACGCCUGCAUUUGACUACUAUUGCAAACUCUUACCAGAACGGGUGAGUUUCUAUGGCGCUGCCGCACUGGGCGCGUACCCACUCGACAUGUCGCAGUACAAGCACUUGUUCGCCAGUACUCGAGUGCCCCGAAAAGGCCGCGACGUACUCCAGAUCGCAGCGACUGCGUCCAAGCACGUGGUUGUGCAGCGCGGCACUAAGUUCUACAGCUUUGAUGUGCUCACAGAUAGUGGAGACGCGGUCAGUGACGAGGAGAUUUUGGGCAAUAUCGAGGCCAUUUUGGCCGAGCCGAUGGCUACAAAGUCAGACGAGACGCCAGGAGUGGGACUGCUGACAACGUUGAAUCGUGACGUGUGGGCGGACGCCCGGCUCAAAUUGGAAACGACAGAUGGUGCGAAUAAGAAAUCAUUGGAGGUGAUUGACAGUGCCCUUUUUAUGGUGUGUCUGGAGUACAAGGCGCCCAAGACAGCAGAAGAAGUGAGUCGUACGUUUUUACUAGGGGAUGGCAGUAACCGCUGGUUCGAUAAGAGUUUCCAGCUCAUUGUUGCUGCCAAUGGCACGGCAUCGGUGAACUUUGAACACGCUUGGGGCGACGGAAUUGCCGUGCUGCGCUACAUAAACGAGUUGUACAAUGACAGUGUGAAGUCGCCAGUCGUGAAAGCCAGUCGCCAAGGACAGUUCCGUGAACUUUCAUGGAACAUUCGUGGCGAGAUGAUGACUGUCCUGAAACAAGCCAAGAUGCGGUAUGAAAAGUGGAUGUUGAAGCUGCUGGUAGCGUGUGCCGAAACGCCCGUUACGCGCGCGGUCGGUAAGCAAUACAAUAUCGGUACCGAUGGACUCAUGCAGAUGACCAUCCAGCUGGCGCACUUUAAACUGCAUCAGAAGUUUGUGGCGACGUAUGAAAGUGCCAGUACCGCUGCAUUCAAGCACGGACGGACAGAGACUGUGCGUAGCUGCACGAAUGAGGCGGUGAACUUUGUGCAUAAGAUGGUUGACGCCUCCUGCUCGGACACGGAACGAGCCAAUGCUCUGCGUGCAGCUGUAGCGAAGCACAGUGAGUUGACGAAGAAUGCUGUCAUGGGUCAAGGGUUCGACCGCCAUCUGUUUGCGCUACGAGCUAUGGCGGAGCUACAGGGCAUGGAUGUGCCCGAAUUGUAUAAGCUCCCAGCCCAUCAGACUUUGAACAAGAUCAUUCUGUCUACUAGUACGCUGUCAAGCCCGGCACUCGAAGGUGGUAGCUUUGGUCCUGUCAAUGACGAGUGCUACGGCAUUGGCUACGGUAUUGAGAAAGAAGGGUCGGCGUUUCAGCUUUCGGGCUUCCGCGAUGACGUUUCUCAGCUGAAGGAGCUGCUGGUUGAGAGCAUUGUUGACUUGGAGCGCCUGCUGGCAGACACGACUCCCAAGAAAUAG